GCACUGGAUCAUCGGAUUCCUCUUCCGAUUGACCAUCUGCUUUCAAUAUCAGAACAGGCUAAUGAGCGUAAGUUGCAACACUGCAAAGCGAAUUGGAAGCGAUUUGCUCUCGCCCGAACAACAAACACGAAAACGAAAUGACCGAUACCAGACGAAAAUGCCGCAGGCACCUCCGAUCCCAUACGCAAAUGGGCUUAUACAGAAAGAUGAUCACUUCCUGCGAAUCAAACCUAUCCCAUGGAAAUCCGCAGAAUGCGAUAUCGAAGUAUGGGGAGUCGCGUAUAAUGCAAUUAUCGAUUCAGGAGCCGCUGUUUUGGCUAUUUUGCUACGAGUAGUUGAAAGAGCAGGAAGAAAGAACGACUUAAUCAUGCUAACCGAAAGAGAUCAGCUUGUUUCUGCAGACGAAGAAAAGAUUAAAACGGUGGGACAAAUGACCAAUGUUGCAUUUCAAUUAGGGAAGGUACAUGCUUUGGGAGACGUCGUGGUAUUAGAUGUCAAUACUUACGAUGUUCUUUUCGGCCUUCCUGCCCUGGUAGCGCUGCGAGCCAAUCUGGACUUCGAACGACGGUCGAUUAUCCUCCGAAAUACGGGAGGGAAGCCCUACGUUGUGCCAAUGAGACUGACUCUGCGCACUACCGCUAACAUAACCCCGCGAGUUUCUCCCGCAAUGACUGGGACCCUCCGCGUGAUUACCUGGGACAACGGGCAGACAUCCAAGAACGCGGACAGCAGCGAUGAUGAUGAUGAUCCCGUAAUUAUUCUGGAAAUGGCACAAGAACGUAUUCAUUACCCUGUGCAGCGGACCAACGCUAGAGCUUUAAACAGAACUAACCAAGAUUUGCAAAGAACACAGACAAUGAUUAUGGGAGGACCUCUCGUACAAAUUUCAAGGAUUGUCAAUUCUUUGGAACCCCCUCGAACCCUGUACGAAGGAAUCUCCCCUCUUCUCGCCCGAUACAACAACAAAAGGUACUACUGCGAUAUCACGGAUCUUCCGAAAUCCCUGCUGACACCUGCAAAGGAAAUUCGAUUGCUACGCUUAAGGGCAAAGAUUAAUUCCUUGGAACCCCCUGAGCGCCUCGAGAAUGGACUCGGAAUCAAGAUCGGCACGAAACCCGUGCCGUGGGAGGACAUUCGGGACGGAGUGACACCUGAGGAACACGUGGUCAUCCGAGAAGAGGAUGCACAAAUGAUGGCCACGGUGUUCUGUUGGCGAUCCGAUAACUCGUUCAUCUCUGCGCCCCCACCGGAAAAUACUAAACGAAUGAAUACGAAACACAUCGAUGUGCGGAUAUGGGACGAAUCAUACGAGUUGCACGUACCUCGAUACGUGCCUGACGAAAUCCACCACCUAAUCGCAGACAUCCUAAAAGAAUACAAAGGAGCAAUUAGUGUGACAGACACAGACAUUGGGCUAUCGUUAGUCAUACAACAUGAAAUCCAGACGGGAAACCAUUCCCCAAUUCAUUGCAAACCUUACAGGUAUUUCCUGGUAGAGUGGAAAAAGGCCCUCGAACGGAUUCGAGAAUUCGAAGCAAGCGGUUGGAUUGAACCCGCCACCGAACCAUGGUUUUUCCUGGUAGUAUUAGUGCCGAAAAAGAACGGAUCGAUCCGCAUAUGCAUUGAUUAUCGUAAGCUGAAUGAUAUCACGAUCAAAGAUGUGUACCCCCUCCCCCGGAUUGAUCAUUUGCUGGAUGCGAUUGGGUGUACCAACUAUUUCAGUAAGUUUGAUAUCCGACAUGGCUUCCAUCACAUUCUGGUUAAGGAGGAAGAUAGGCCAAAGACAGCGUUCGUUCUGUUUGAAGGCACGUGGCAGUGGAUUCGGUGUCCGAUGGGGAUCUACAAUGCGCCGGCCACGUUUCAGCGGGCCAUGAACGUCACGUUUCAGAACUUCGUCAACAAGACACAAUUAACUCAGGGGAUGAUCAACUUCUGCGUCAUCGUGUACAUGGAUGACAUCCUGGUUUAUUCGGAGACCUAUCACGACCAUGCGCAACAUAUCGAGUGGACAUUAUGCGCUCUGAGAGACGCUGGAUUCAAGAUCGCGCUUGAGAAGAGCGAAUUCUUCCUCUCGGAAAUUUCGUUCUUGGGCUACGUUGUGACACGUGGAGGAUUGCGGCCUGACUCGAGAAAGGUCGCGGCGGUGAAAGAAGCCCCUGUUCCCACAUCGCUAACGCAGGUUCGAGCCUUCUUGGGGUUGGCAUCGUACUAUCGCCGUUUCAUCAAGGGCUUCGCCGCGAUUGCACGACCCUUGACGAACCUACUACGGAAGGACCAACCCCUCAGUUGGGACGCGGAGUGCGAGCAGGCCUUAGCGACCCUCAAGGAAGCUUUAGCAACGACACCUAUUUUGAUCCGACAGGACCCCUCGAAGCAGUCCAUUCUCAUCACGGAUUGGCAGCCGGAGGCUAUUUCCGCUAUUUUAGCGCAAAAUGGGAACGAUGGCCGUGAACAUGUCAUCGAGUAUGGGUCGCGAACUGUAGCAGACGAACGAAAGAACGACUCUGCUGCACAAGGCGAAUGCUACACAGUCCUCGAUCUCGCCUUUUCCCAAGAAAGGGCGGCCUCUGAGGACGAAGAAAUAGAGAUCGACGAAGAGAGCGUCGAAGAAGAAGAAGAAACCGUCGAAGAGGACGAGGAGGAGGCAACCCCGGAGGAAGGCAGUUAUAGUGAGCACAUCGAGGGAGAGCAGAGUGAAGAAGAGGAAGAGGACGAGGAAGAGGACGAGGAGCUGGAGCUGGAGGAGUCUGAGUGGGAGAUCCCGACGGAGGAAGCGGAGCAGGCAGACACCCAGGCGGAAGACCCUGAGGAGGCACGCAAGAGAGAGGAGAUCGCAGCUGGAAAACGACAGCUGGAGUUCGCCAGCGGGGCCAAUCCACAGAUCACUGACGAUCUGGCCCGCGAUCCCGAGCCGCCCAAGCCCGAAGAUGGGGAGCCAGCUGCCGAGACUUCGAGCGCAAUGGCUAGGCGGUGGCGAAGCCGAUCCCCCUCCCCCUCCGCCUCCGACCGUCCAUCAGUCCGAGCCCGUACUGAUAUGGGGCAUCGGGCUUCGUCCCCGGUCGUUAUCCCGCCGUCCCCUUGACUACCUUACCCUCCGUCAAAUCACCACCCGUGUCACCUUCCCCCGUAACCCCUUCCCCAUCGACACCUUCCGAUUCUUCUACGCCACUC